AUGGCCCCCAUGAGUCUCCCGUGGCCUACUGAAAGUCUACACGCCGCUCUCAAGAAUGGAUCCCUACCUUUCUGGGGAUUCGUAAUCUAUCGAACCACUUACAGCGCCCAAUCAGAUGCCGUCUGGCCGCGGAUUACCGAUCUUAUCAGCUCUUAUGUGAAAGCGCUGCUCUACCACGAGUAUAACGACAAGAAGAAAGAUGGGGAUGAGCCUACAGUUUACGACGAGAUCUGGGCAAAACAUCAAUUGACGAUCAUGGAUGAUAUGCAAUUCAACGAAGCAUCUGUUUUUGAUGUCCAACUUCACUUUGAAAAGUGGGUUGAAGAGCAGGGAAAGCGAGACGAUUCCACUAUGUAUCGCAUGUGUAUCGUUAUUGAUGAUGAAUCAAUCCAGACGUUAUUAGAUGCACCGCCCGGGGAAAAUAGGAAGCUCGGACGACGUGUAGGCGGGCCUGCACGUUUUGUUAAAGUUGUGGAAGCUUUCCCGGAAAUAGACAGCCUGGAUGAAUUCCAGGGGUGGAUGAAGUGUGAGAUCAAUGCGCUGUGGCCGCUUUGGAAGAUGAUAUCGGAUGGAGAUGAAAUGAGAACUUCAUAUGACGAGAUGGAGGAGAACGGGAAGGAAGUCUAUGGUGCGCUUUAA